AUGCAGAUUGGUGGAAUUAUAAACGAAACAGAUGUAAUUGUAUAUGUGAAAGAAAACUCUACAACUAUUCUUGAAUGUCCAUUCAAAAGUAUAUCAGGAAGUAUUUCUUGGAUAAGAUAUGCACGUAAAGAUGAUAGGAACGAAGUAAUUGUUGACAACAGAAAUAUAAACCCAAAUAUUAAACAUAUCAAAGGUGUUGGUGAUCAAACGAUUGGUGAAUACCAUCUUAUUUUAUCACAAAUCACUAAAGCUGACGAAAAGAUAUAUAAAUGCGUAUCAGUUAUUGACAAUACUCCACAUGAGGCUGAGAUAUCAGUCCGUCUGUCGACGCCGAAAGAUGAAAUACAGAUAAUGAAUGUCACUGAAUCAAAUACUAUUGUUGCUGUUAGUGGACUAUGUUUAACUUUGAAAUGUAUUUCUGUACAUCAGCCCUCUAGUAACAUUUCGUGGUCAUCUAAUGGCAUAAUAAAAAGUCAAGACCAGGGAAAUUUGACUGCCUAUGAAUUCACUCCAAAUGAAGAAGAUCAAAAUUCUAUAAACACAUGUACUGCAGUUUAUACAGGAAAGACAAUUCGGAAAAGUGUCCGAUUGAGUCUUGUACAUAAGUCUUCAGAACUAAGAUAUAGUUCUACAACAUUGGAAACCAUCAAAGAAGAACAAGGUAAAAUAUAA